AUGGUCGCUGAUACCGCCUACUAUGACGCCCUCGGUGUCCCGCCAACGGCGACAGAGCUUGAGAUCAAGAAAGCCUAUCGCAAGCUUGCUAUUGUCACUCACCCUGACAAGAACCCCGGCGAUGAAACCGCGCAUGCACGGUUCCAGGCGAUCGGUGAAGCCUACCAAGUUCUGAGCAACGAAGAUCUGCGAAAACGUUAUGAUAAGUUUGGAAAGGAGGAUGCUGUCCCUGGAGGUGGCUUUGAGGAUCCCUCGGAGUUUUUCAGUAUGAUUUUCGGUGGCGAAGCUUUCGUUGAUCUUAUUGGUGAAAUCUCCCUCAUGAAAGACCUCACCGCGACAAUGGAUAUUACGAUGGAGCAGAUGGAGGAGGAGGAGCUUGCCGAGUCCGCGGAGCAGAAGCUCAACAUCCACGACGAAGAGGUCAAGGCCGGAGAGGCGGAACCCUCUGCUAGCACUGCUAGCGGCACUGCCGCUAGUCCCUCGGCAUCCGCUGAGACUUCCCACGCUGCCGGUGAAGCCUCUGCCUCUGCCCAUGGCUCCGGUACCAGCACACCUCGGCGGUACAUGGGCCAGCAGGCCCUUAUGGACCGUUCCGAAGAAGAGGCGCGCAUGGAUGCAGCUGGUCUGUCACAAGAGGAGAAGGAACUGCGCAAGAAGGAGAAGAAGAAGGGUCUGUCCAAGGAACAGCAAGAGCGCCUUGCCGCAUUUGAGGAGGAGCGGAGAAAGGCCCGCGAGGAGCGAGUCAACACUCUGGCCAACAAGCUUAUCGACCGUCUCAGUGUUUGGACCGAAACCGACAAGGGUGCUGAUGUUACUCGUGCUUUUGAAGAGAAGAUCCGCCUUGAGGUUGAGAACUUGAAGAUGGAGUCAUUCGGUCUGGAGAUUCUGCAUGCUGUCGGUGCCACAUACGUCCAGAAGGGUACAUCUUUCCUUAAGUCCCAGAAGUUCCUCGGUAUCUCUGGGUUCUUUUCGCGACUCAAGGACAAGGGCACUCUGGCCAAGGAGACCUGGACAACAAUUUCAACUGCCAUCGAUGCCCAGAUGACCAUGGAGGAGAUGGCCAAGCUGGAGGAGCGUGGUGGUGAGGACUGGACCGACGAGAAGAAGGCCGAGUACGAGAAGAAGGUCACUGGUAAGAUUCUGGCUGCCGCUUGGCGUGGCAGCAAGUUCGAGAUCCAGAGUGUCCUGCGUGAUGUCUGUGACCAAAUUCUUGGUGACAAGCGCAUUCGUCUCGAGAAGCGCGUUGAACGGGCUCAUGCCCUGGUCCUGGCUGGUAACAUCUAUGCUAAGGCCGAGCGUGACCCCGAAGAGGAGGGAGAUUACAUGGCGUUUGAGCAGCUGAUGGCUGAAGCCAUGACCAAGGAUAAGAAAAAGAAGAAGGACAAGAAGCAUAGCCACACUGAGUCUCCGGAGCAGCCACAUGAGAAGGCCUCGGCUUGA